AGUCUCCGUGUCCAUCUCUAUCUUGUCCCCGCUCCUGUCUCCGGUGUGUGCUGAGCCCGUGUCCCGCUGCAGAGGCACUGUGGCUCCCUCUCAGUUCAACCGGCGGGACUCCACUCUCACCUCUCCCGCUGCUGACGUCACCGCAGCCUGGGCAGAGCUGAGAGCCGCCUGCGGACAUAGCGCCGAGGAAAAUGCUUCUCUCCGUACCGCCAAGGACAGGAAUCAACCCCUAUAGCAGCGGAUUCAACGGAAGAACCAGCAAAAAGCAGUCCUAUGUGUCCUCCGGCCACCAGAUGGCGCCCCCCAGUCCCAACACGAACAGCAGCAGUAACAGCAGCGGAGGGGGCGGGGAACAGCUGAGUAAGACUAACCUGUACAUCCGCGGGCUCCAUCCAGGGACCACAGACCAAGACCUGGUGAAACUCUGCCAACCGUAUGGCAAAAUCGUGUCAACCAAGGCCAUCUUAGAUAAAACGACCAAUAAGUGUAAAGGUUAUGGCUUUGUGGAUUUCGACAGUCCGGCGGCGGCGCAGAAAGCCGUCACAGCGCUCAAGUCCAGCGGGGUCCAAGCUCAGAUGGCCAAACAACAAGAACAGGACCCCACAAACCUGUACAUCUCCAACCUGCCUGUGUCCAUGGACGAGCAGGAGCUGGAGAGCAUGCUCAAGUCCUUUGGUCAGGUCAUCUCCACCAGGAUCCUCCGAGACGCCAACGGGACCAGCCGCGGGGUCGGGUUUGCCAGAAUGGAGUCCACGGAGAAGUGUGAGGCCAUAAUACAACAUUUCAAUGGCAAAUUUAUCAAGACGCCCCCGGGAGUGCCUGCUCCCACAGAGCCAUUAUUGUGCAAGUUCGCCGACGGAGGCCAGAAGAAGAGACAGAACCAGGGGAAGUAUCUCCAGAACGGACGGCCCUGGGCUAGAGACUCAGACACGGGAGGAAUGACGCUAGCGUAUGACCCCACAGCCUUACAGAACGGGUUCUACUCAUCGCCGUACAGUCUGGGCCCAAACCGGAUGAUUGCUCAGACCUCUCUGCCGUACAUGCAUUCACCUGUCUCCUCCUACCAGGCUUUAUUUGACAGAUACAGUAGGCUGGCAGGAAAUGGGGCAGACAGAUGGGGCAAUGACAUGGAGCAAAGUGGCCGGGACUCGAACCCGGGCCGCUCCAAUGCGUGCUAUGCGCUCUACCAGGUACACAACGCGUCCUGGAUGCCCCAUCAGUCAUACCUCAUGCAGCCAGGAGCUGUUCUGACCCCGACCAUGGACCACGCCAUGUCCAUCCAGCCCACGUCAAUGAUGGGGCCCCUCACACAGCAGCUCAGCCACCUGUCCCUGGGCAGCACGGGCACAUAUAUUCCGGCCAACACAACUAUGCAAGGGACCUAUAUCCCCCAGUACACCCCAGUGCCUCCCUCCAACGUCCAAGUCGAGGAGAAUGGUGGCCAGCAGCAGCAGGUGGCCAUGGAAACUCCUGCAGAGCACUCGAACUACUCUUACCAACACACCAAGUAAAGCUAAGCUCUGGGUGAGGAGGAGGGCACCUGUUGAAUCUGACCAAUCAGGAUCGAGGACGCGGCGUGCUCGUCCCCUGCGCCUGGACCGAACCCGGAUCACAAAAGGAACAUGUGCGUGCGUGUGCGUGCGUGAUCAGUUUUGUCUGCGUGUGAAAAACCUCUGUGCUUUUUUUUUUUUUUUUUUUUUUUUUUUUUGAAAUCGAAAGGACAAUACUUCGUCUAUGGGACUUUCCAACAUGAACCAAAGGUGGGACUCUUCUCCACAGACACUAUUUUGAUAAACACAUUGCGAUGAGAGUUGGUGCAGCAUUAUUUUUGUGCAAAUUCUAAUGAAAUCCUAUUUUUCAAGACCAUUCUGGACGCUUCGGAGUGACUUUUUGUUGUUUUCGUUUUGUAAAAUAUGCAAACUUUACGUGUUUUUUUUUUUUUGGUUUGGUUUUUUUCAGUUGUCUGUUGUUUGACAUUGUAUUUUGCAGCAGCACAGCAACAAUUUGUACAGAUCUGAAACAUAUGAACUUGUGUUUGAAAACCGUUUAAAGCUACUUCUUCCUUAACUGCUGCAAAAAUACUUUUACUGCUCACGCACAGGAAAUACUAUAGUAGUUUAGGCCAACACAAGACAAUCAAUUCUUUCUAUUUAUAUUUGAAUUUCUAUUUUUAGAUUUUUUUAGAGAUCAAAGUUUUUAGAAAGAAAGUUAUUUAAUAGUUUAUUUUGCAAUGUAAUAUAGACAAACUUCAUGACGCACUGAAAAAGCUCCAAGGGUGAAAUUUAUAAGGGCUUUUAAAAAAUAUAAUUUUUACGUAGAGUUGAAGAAAACAAUACCGAUAUUAAAGGUCCUAUAUUACGCAAAAUUAACUCUUACGAGCAUUUAACCAUUAGAGAAUGUUGUUACCUCCUCAAAAACAAAUCUGGAGUUGUGUUUUGCUUCAUUCACACUUAGGCAACGUUCAGACUGCAGGGCUUAAUGCUCAAUUCAGAUUUUUUUUUUGUGAAAUCUGAUUUUUUUGUGAGGUCGUUCACAUUUCCAAUUAAAUGCGACUUGUAUGUGAUCUCCAGUGUGAAUUUUAAAUGCCCCAAAAGUUUCCCACAUGCACAUUGGGCUCGUCUCCCAAAAUAUGGCCAGGUUGGCGCCACCAAGUGCCAGGAAUUGGAAUACACUAGACGGUUUGCACCACCAGCCAAUCAGCGAAGAGUCAUAUAUUCUGUGUUGUCAACGAUUCCCAAGAUCGAGGAUUUAAAGCCGGAACAAAGAGAAUGUUCGGUGAAAUUUUAUCAAGGGGAAAGACGUUAUUGUCCUUCGUCCUACGGGAUUUGGGAAAAGCUCAAUAUACCAGUUAGCCCCCUUAGCGGCGCAUCACAUACAUCACGACCAAACAGCAGCGAUUGGUUAAAUUUAAAAAAGUACCCGCCUACCAUCGAGCGAAUGAAUUCUAAAGCUGUGAGGUCAGACGGUUUCUACGAAGUGAAACCGGCUGAUGAAUCAGGCUAAAAAUCCAGUCCAGUUCUUGGUAAAAUGUACAGGUUACACGUUCACAGCCGCUUCGUUUGUUUGAGUCGUUAUCCUCCUUGUAUUUGUCUCACGGGCUCUUUAUUUUUGUUGACAAUGGAGCCAGGACCAACUGUAGCCGCGCUCGGACAUUUCUUUCAUUUCAAAAACCGCGCAGUUCCGAUAAGACGCCUCCAAUUUGGCUUGAAUACAUUGAUCCCCUCAAAUAUGAAUUAACUCGCUGACCUCGCUUUCCCUCCAUUGACGAGACUCCGAGCCUGUAGGUGGGAUGAAUGUGACCUGACCGUUCAGACUGAAGUCACAUGUCAAAAGAUCAGAUAUGUAUCGGUUUUAGGAGCACAUAUCCAAGUGGACUGGGUCACAUCUGAAAAAAAAUCAGAUCUGUGUCCUUCAGGCUGUCAUUAAAAGAUCAGAUACAGGAGCAUAGGGACGAGAAAAUCAGAAUUGGGUCACUUCAGGCUGCAGUCUGUCUAAGUCUCCAGCACUCAAAAUGCUCUAUUCCACCUUGUGAUGUCAUAAAGUGAUGGUUUUUAGAUCAAUAGCUACCGUUUACCUUUUGUUUAGUAAACAUCGGAAAUUCUAGUGGCUGAAAUUAAUCAAAUGAUUCUAGUGAAGCUGUACGAAGUUUAAAAACACAGUGACCACAAACUCUCAAUUCUGUAACUUUUCUGGUGGGGGGUCCGUCAAAUGCUUUUUUCCAUGGAGACGCUUUGUUUUGAAUGUUCCACAGUAUGACAUUAAACCUUUCUAGCUUCAUUUAAACCAGAUCUGUGGAGAGGUAACACCGCUCACAGUCGGAAUGCCUGUUUUCUAGGUAUUUUUGAGUUAUAAAACCACCUGUAAUUGAAUAAAUGUAAAGUAGAGCUAUUUAAUGUCACACUGUGGAACAUUCUAGACAGAUUAAUAACUGAAACUCUAUCAAAAGUUACACAGUGCACUUUUAAACAUGUGUGAACGGAACAAAACACAACUCCAGAUAUGUUUGUGACGAAAUAUAAUAUCAAAAACCAGAAAAUGCAAGCGUAAUAUGGGCCCUUUAACGUUUACUCAAGUUACUUUUGUAAAAUAUUCCGUGAAAUGAGAAGUGGUUUUAAGCGGUUUUGUCGAGGUUGUCAGCGGAGCGAUCCUUUGGCCCUUCGCGGCUGAAGUAAAAAUAUGCUACAGAUUUAUGAGCGAACACGUCUUGUACAGAGAACAAUGCAGUGACUAAAUUAAGUAGUUGUUUAUGAGGGAAAUCUAACAGAGAAUAUGAUCUUGUGUGGAGGGGGAGGAGUCAGUCUUUACCAAUGCUGCUGUCACAUAAUGAGUUUGAGUGGAGCCCGAAAGUCGACGCCAAAGAGGACGUUUUCAGACCGUGACCUGUUUAAUCAGCGAAACCCAUUGAGUUAUACAAUUCGGAAUUAAAUAAUCAAAUAUUGAAAUAACAGAAAGCUUUAUUUUUGGGGAAAACCGCUACUACUACUCUGGAGUUUGGCCUGUACAAAACCGAUUUCAACUUUCUCUCAAAUGUUAACGCCAAUGGAUGUAUAUAAAACUAUGAAGUGACUUAAAAAACUGCAAUAAAAAGAAAUAAAUAGCAAUAAAAAUAAUGCGAUUAAGUACAAGAGUAAAAUUGUUGACAGUAGUGUUGCUGUGGAUUAAGAACACCCAGAUUUGGCAUUUUUGGUCCUAACAACAUGAAAAUUGGCACUACACACGCCCGUCCCAUUAGAAAGACACUCUCCAAAUUUGAGAUCGGUCGGAUGAGCGGUUCGAGAGUUACAUGUGGAAGAGUCAAACAAACAGAUACACAGAUGGACUUUCGUUGAAUUGCUGUUAAAACCUGACCUGAAAAUGCAACCAGAAAGACAUCAAAAAUUCGAAAAAAAAAAAAAAAAAAAAGUAUGUAUCUGGUUUACUGUGGUGACCCAAAGCAAAAGAAAAAAAUACAAAUACAUAAUUAUAUACAAAGGGAGUUUUUUUUGAGUGAAGAUGUUUUACAGCUCAUUCAAGCAUCUUUUUCUUCUUAGUCUUCAACUUCUUCUUCUUGUCUGGAGAAUUUUUCCACUGACUUAGAAAUCUCCUAGAAUCCCAAAAAGUCCUGGUUUAGUCCUGGUUUACUUCUGGUUUACUUCUGGUUGGGUCCUGGCUUAGUCCUGUCUAGUCCUGGUUUAGUUCUGGUUUAGUCCUGGUUUGUUUUAAUCCUGAGUUAGUCGUUAGUUGUUGGUUUAGCUUUGGUUUUAGUUCUGGUUUUAUCCUGGCAUUGUCCUGGUUUACUCCUGGUUUAGUUCUGUCUUAGUCCUGGUCUAGUCCUGGUGUAAUCCUGGUGAGGUCCUUGUUAUGUCCCAAUUUAGUCCUUAUUUAGUCCUGGCUAAAUCCUAGUUUAGUUAUGGUUUAGUCCUGAUUUAGUUCUGGUUUGUUUUAAUCCUGAUUUAGUCAUUAGUCAUUGGAUUAGUUUUGGUUUUAUUCCUAGUUUAGUCCUAUUUUAGUCCUGGUUUAGUACUGGUCUAAUCUUAGUCUAGUCCUGGUCUAAUCCUGGUGAGGUCCCUGCAAUGUCCCAGUUUAGACCUUAUUUAGUUCUGGUUUAGUCCUGUCUUAGUCCUGUUUAUUCCUGGUUUAAUUCUGGUUUUGAUGUAGUUUAGUCCUGGUUUAGUCCUGGCUUAGUACUGGCUUAGUUCUAGUUUGGUUAUGGUUUAGUCUUGAUUUAGUUCUGGUUUGUUUUAGUCCUGACUUAAUCAUGAGUCGUUGGUUUAGUUUUGGUUUUAGUCCUGGUUUCAUCCUGGCCUUGUCCUUGUUUAGUCCUGGUUUAGUCCUGGUCUAAGCCUGGUGAGGUCCUUGUUACAUCCCAGUUUAGUCUUUAUUUAGUUCUGGUUUAGUCCUGAUUUAGUCCUGUCUAGCCCUGGUUUAGUUCUAGUUUUGACCUGGUUUAGUCCAACCAUAGUUAUGGUUUUGUCCUGGUCUAGUCCUGGUUUAGUUCUGUCUUAAUUUGUCCUGGUUUGUUUUAGUUCUAACUUAGUCGUUAGUCUAAGUCGGUUGGUUUGGUUUUGGUUUUAUCCUGGCAUUGUCCUGGUUUAGUCCUGGGUUUAGUCCUAGUUUAGUCUUGGUCUAGUCUUAGUCUAGUCCUGGUCUAAUCCUGGUGAGGUCCUUGUUAUGUCCCAGUUACUUAUUUAAUUCUGGUUUAGUCCUGGCUUAGUCCUUGUUCAGUUCAGAAAAGAAUACAUUUUUCUUUUGCUCUCCUGCCUGGACGACUGAGGGAUUACACAAACAUGUGGUAACCCAAAAUAAAAAAUAAAUACAUAAAAUGCAUUUGACCCACACGUGACCUUUGAAUUAAAGCACCAGAAACCAGAAGAUGUUUCGAAGCACUGGUGAGCUGGUAUGACAUGGAGGUAGAGAAGUUCAAUGCCGUACUGCUCACAAUAGGCUCUAUUCACGCGUAUAAUACACACAUUAUAACACAGAAAUGAAUAGGCAAGUUAUAAAAGGAAAAAAGAAAGAAUGGAAUGGCAUUGAGAUAAAAAAAAAAAAAAAAAAAAAAAACGGGACAUUUUCUCAGUUUUCCCAGAUUUUGUCAGAGUUACUCUCACCAACAGAGCGAAGUCAUCAUCCUCGUGUUUCAGAACGUCGCCCAGUUUUGUGACGUAAACGUGAAUAGAGCCCAUUCCGAUGCAAGUAAUAACGUCUCCAUGGCAACGAACAAGUGACAGACCCUCCCUGAGCAAAGUUACACAGUGCAGCUUUAAGUAAGACAUAAAACUAUUGUCCUGUAAUCAAACGCCCUUCUUUCUCCUUGACUUUCGGGCUCCAUGAAGUUUGAUUCACCAUCAGUGACUUGUUUUUGUAGAAAAUGUUUUGUGUCUUCUUUCACUUGAACUUUUAGAGCUAAAUUGCCUUAAUUUUGAUGACUUUAUCUUUUUGAACGUAGAUUAGUUUUUAGCUGUAGAAACUUUUGCGCCUUUUGUUGAUUUUUGUUUUGUUUCGUGUUCGUUUUCUAUUGUUGAAACAUCUUCCGUUCCAAACCAGGUGCUGAAUAUUGGACCUGAAAACCGUGCGUUUUUUGAAAAAGAGCUUAACCAAACACUGACUUUAGCUUGUCCGCGUAUACCGUAAUCCAAAUACGUUUAAUUUAUGUGAAAGCGCAGACUGUAGAUAUGUAGAUAGUCAGAGGAUAGCAGGCCGCUCACUAGACCAUGGAAGUGCCAUUAUAGAUGAUUCAAGCCUUAGUGAGCCCCAGUCUGGUUUUGUACAAGACUCAAAGUUGUGCAAAAACUCUCGUUGCUACGCCUUAACUUUGCUCUUCAGAUGAAACUGCCGCAUUGAAGCGAGGAAGAGGAGGCGGGGGAGGAGGUGGAGAUGGUGUACAUAAGGACACGGGCGCAUGUCAUUUUAGAUGUUUUAGAAUUUUGAAAAUGUUUUGUGUUGCGUUUUUUUGUUUUUUUUUUCUGCUCUGAACUUUGUCAUUUUCGUCGCUAUAGGGUUGUCAAAAGUAUCGAAAAUUGGAUACUAAUUGAAACUACAGCAGAGACUCGUUUAAGCAGGUAUCGAUACUAAAGGAGUCAACGAGUUUAAGAGCACAUAGACUAGUAUACUCCCACCGUGGUAUCGGAGUAUCGAAUCUGUUCCUUAGUAUUGAAAUUGAGCUUGAAAUGUUAGUAUCGUGACAAUACCUGUUUAAUGUCUCAUUUCUGCAACCAAAGAUGUUGUACCAUCCAUAGAGUUUGUGGUCAAGAUAAGUGAAACUAAACUAAACAGCUGUUAUAUUGUGUGAUGUUUUUCUCAAUUGCUUUUAAAAACUGAACUAAAUCUAGGGGCUGUAAGAGAUACCACAAUGGAAUCGAAAUCGAAAUUUGAAUAGUCGCAAUUGGCAAAUUACCGUAUUUUUCGGACUAUAAAGCGCAAUAUCAGUAAUGUUGAAUUCUCUCAUCUAUUUUCAUACAUAAGCGAAACAAACGGACGACACUUGAGACUGAUUCUUAACCCAGGCGUCCACGAUCCAUCGGUAGAUUGUGGCGUAACUCGUCCGAUGUGUUAUGAAUGUGAAUGUGGGUUGAUCAUUUAAGUUUGUUUUGUUUUUAAAUUUCCUACGAGGAUGACUCAAAUAUACGUUGGGUAAUAAUGUGUUUAAUGCAGCUUUUGCGCACAUUUGUUUACGUUUUACAGAAAUUCAAUCCAAUCCACUUUAUUUCUAUAGCACAUUUCACAAACAGUUUCCAAAGUGCUGCAAAAAUACAUAAUAACAACAAUAAUAAGAUGAUAAAAUAAACUACUAAAAUAAUACUAGUCUUAAAAUAAUAAAACCAGUAAAAUAAAAUAAAAACAAAAUCAUAGAAUAGAAAUAAACCAAUAAAUAAAUUAAAUCAAUAAAAACACAUAAAAAUAAAUAAAAGACACAGAGGACCACACAACUCACACGUUGUGAGUUGAAACUUAAAAUCACUUGGCUAAUUUGCAUAAAUUAUAAACGCUGAAAAAAACAGCUCACUCCUGCCGUCAGCUUCUGUUGGACUAAAGGACACGACUUAUUCCGUGAGGCUCCUGACUACAGCAGCCGUAAUGCUCCGACAAUCCAUCGAGCGGUGCAAAGUUGUACUAAAAUGUUUUGACAGAUUUUUGAGCGCCGUGUAUAACAUGAAAUCGGUUCGAGGUCAAUAAGCACAACCAGAAUUAAUACAUAAGGCAGUGAAAGGAUUUUAAGUGCGCCUUAUAGUCCGAAAAAUACAGUACAAGGACAACAUCAUUUCCUGAGAUUCUGUUUCUUGUGUAAAAAAAAACUACUUACCUUGUAAUUUAGAGCUCUCCAAAAAUACAUUGGAUUCUUGUAUUAGUUUCAGUUUUCAGUCUUCUCUCAAAUGCUCCUGGACAUGUUAAAAAUGUGAACUUUGAACAAAAUGAUGCUAUCGAAAAUUGAACGGUCAUGGCAAUGCUCGUUAGAAAGAUUGCAAUUCGAUAUUUUUUCCAAUUUGUUCAGCUCUAAACAGACUGUAUAAAGAAGAGGACUAAUGGAGUGGCUAGUAGUUACAGGGGCGAAUUAGGAAAAGGAAUUUAUUUACGGAUAAAAUAGUAAAAUAACAACACCGGAAUCAAGUAGAAUAGGUUAAUACGAACAUUUCAAGACCAAAAUGAUGAGCCUGACAGCAGCAGAUACAGACAAAAGGACGACGUUUUUCAGUGUUAAGUGAACUGGAACCAGCGUCGAUGGAGCCAGAAGCACGCCCCUGCUCACUUCCUGUUUGAAAUGCUUUAGAACGAUUAGCUACUGUAUGUCCAUUUAUAUAUACAGGCUACGGACGUAACUCAGACUUACCCGUUCACAGCUCACAUUGGCCAGCUUCGUUCAGCAAUUUCAUAAACAACAUGUCCAGAGAGAAAUAUGACGCUGUACAUUUGCUAAAUAAAACUCAAGAAGUGAAAGCGCCGUUAAUUGCUGUGACUCAAUAAAUCAGGCAAUACAAGCAAGGAAGGCAAAUCGCAAAGGCUGCAGUUUUAGAAGUACCGGGAUUUAUUCCACAAACAACAAACAAAACCUCCUGAGUUACUCUUCAAAAAAAAAUAAAAAAUUAAAAACUGCUAACCUUGUAGUUUAGAUCUCUACAAACAUGCUCUGAAAUGUCCCUGUGUCCCAGAUGUACUUUCUCCACAGCAAAAAGUGGAGUGUUCAAAUUGACUCCCACAGAAUUGAUUUUAACAUUUUCUCAGGGUUUAUAUGAGUCCAAUCUGUUCUAGAGUUAAUUAAACAUUUUUGGAAAUGUUCAUUAAGUAACACUGGGGCCAGAGUGUCUGUUUAACCCCGAAAUCAAGAGUUAUAUUAACAUUUUGAGAGUAAAGAGUGAGUGGUGGGUGGGAGUUUCCAAAUUAACACUAAGGGAAAUGGAAUUAGCACUAGUGGAAGUUGAAUGAACUUCAACCAUAUCACCUCAGUAAACAAAUACCCUCAACUCAAACCCCCAUUUAACUUUCAAACCGUUAAAAUAACACUUUAACUUCCUGUUUAACCCUGAAAUCAAGAGUUAUAUUAAUGUUUGAGAGUAAACGGAUAACACUUUGUAGGGUUAUCCUGAUUUAGCUAAACAACACACAGAGUUGUUUUAUUUUGACACUUUAUUUGAGUUAAUUUAAGAUGAAAUUAUGUAUAAAAUUGGUUCAAACUGGCCUUCACUCAUGGGAGUUUGAAGUGGUGGGUGGGAGUUUCCAAAUUAACACUAAGGGAAGUUGAAUUAACACUAGGGAAAGUUGAAUUAACUUCAACCAUAUCAACUGAAUAAACAAAUAGCCUCAACUCUAACCCCUAUUUAACUUUCAAACAGCUAAAAUAACACUUUAACACCUGUUUAAGUUUAACCCUGAAAUCAAGAGUUAUAUUAACGUUUUGAGAGUAAACGGAGACAGAGCUGACCUGAGAGACAGAGAGGUGUUUUAUUUUUACACUUUAUUUGAGUUAAUUUAAGAUUAAAUGAUGUACAAAACUGGUUCAAACUGGUCUUCUCUCACGGGAGUUUGAAGUGGUGGUGGGAGGAGCCAAAUUAACACUUGUGAAACUUGAAUUAACACGUGGGGAAGUUGAAUUAACACUAGGCAUGGCAAAAAACAAAAUUUAGCCAAAAAGUUAAGUUGCCUUGAAUUCAGAAAGUUUUAUCAUGAUUUGAGUAAAUUUGACUUGACAAGUGAAAUGAUCUGCCAGUGGAACAAGACUUUUUGUACUUAAAAUAUGAAAAUACAUCUUACUACACUUGAGAGAAGAAAAACAACAACUUUUUGCACAUAAAAUAAGAAACAAAAUCAAAUGUUGCUUGAAUUAAGAAAAACUUUGGUAGAUCAUUUUACUUGUCAUGUUGAAUCGACUCAAAUAAAAGUAAAAUAUUCUUACCUAGAUAUUGUUUUUUUUUUUUCCAGUGGGAGAAGAUGAAUAAAUCCCAACUCAAACCCCCAUUUAACUUUCAAAUAGUUAAAAUAGCACUUUUUUGUGUGUUAAAACAACUCUUUAAUUUUAACCCUCCAGUUUUUGCUGUGUGUGUCAGAUGCCCUCCCUGUGUCUCUAUUUCUGCAUAAAAACUGCAAACCCUGUAGUUUCGAUCUCUACAAACAUGUUCUGAAAUGCGAUUCUUGUAUUAGUUUGUCGUUCAGAUUCCAGUCGAUAAAAAGAAAAGACAAAAAAUCACAAAUAUUCUCAGCGCUAUCAAAAAAAACUAUAUUUUUACCCUAAUCUAAAAGCAAUUGAGAAAAACAACCUUCUUGACUAAACCCUCUACCAAACCGACCUUCCGACCAGAGCCAUCUUUGUAAAUAGCUUUCCUCUCUCACUUCUUCUGUGUGUUUUUAUGUCGACUCAUUGAUUUUCAUAUCAAACAGGUUUUAUGUUCAGACUCAAUGCACCAUGAAGGAAAAAUCAUGGCUAUUGUUAUAUACAUGCUCACAGAAUGUUAUUCCAUAGCCAUCACUUUGAAUUCACAAACUCAGAUUUUGAAACUAUGAAAUGGCCAGUGGUUACAAUGCAGUGUUUAUUUAUUUUAUUCUAUUGUUCUUUUUCACUUUUUUUUGAAACCUGAAUGAAAUUAUACUUUAAAUUAUAUGAUGAUAGGACAGUUCAAACGGUUCCUUGCACUUAUUGUAGUUGACAUAAAUUGGAGAUAGUUUUUUUUUUAGAGGGUAAUGGCUUAUUUCAUAGCUUCAAAAGUUUUGCUGCUAAAACAGGAUUUCCGUGAAGGGGAUUGGGCGUCGUUUGGAUCUUUCCCCAAAAUUAAGUUAUAAUUUUUCACCUUUGUUUGAUUUUACUGACAGUCCAAACCAGGAAUUCUCAACUGCUCAAAGUUUGGAUGUUUUUUUUUAACUAACAAAUACAACUUUUUUUGUUUUAUUAGCUGGUUAACGCCGAGACUAACUUGAGUACCUCGUGAUAGGUCCAGUUGUUGGGAUAAGCUCCACCAACCACCAACCAAUACCUCCAUUCAGUCAUCUGUGUCGUUUUUAUAGGACUUAUUUUUAAAGCUUUUGUGGUGACUGAAAACAAUAUUUAAGACAAAAAUUGGAAAUGUAAAGAAAUGUGGAUUUUCUGGAGAACUCAGAAAUCUCUAAGAAUCACUAACAGACCUGGUUUAGUCCUGGUUUAGUCCUGUUUAAUCCUGGUUUAGUCCUGGUUUAGUCCUGGUUUAGUCCUGGUUUAGUCCUGGUUUAGUCCUGGUUUAGUUCUGGGGUACUUCUGGUUUACUGCUGGUUUAGUCUUGAUUAAUUCCUGAUUUACUUCUGGUUUAUUACUGGUUUAGUUUUGGUUUUGCCCUAGUCUAGUUCUGGUUUAGUCCUGGCGUAGUCCUGGUUUAGUUCUGGUUUAGUCCUGGUUUAGUUCUGUUUUGUUUUAGUCCCGAUUUAGUCAUGGCUUAGUUUAGUUUUGGUUUUAUCCUCGCAUUGUCCUGGUUUAGUCCUGGUUUAGUUCUGGUUUAGUCCUGGUUUAGUCCUAUUUUAGUCCUGGCUUAGUCCUGGUCUAGUCCUGGUCUAAUCCUGGUGAGGUCCUUGUUAUGUCCUACUUUACACCUUAUUUAGUUCUGGUUUACUUUUGGUUUAGUCUUGAUUUUGGCCUGGUCUAGACCUGGUUUAGUUCUGGUUUUGCCCUGGUCUAGUCCUGGUUUAGUCCUGGCUUAGUCCAGGCUUAGUCCUGGCGUAGUCCUGGUUUAGUUCUGGUUUGUUUUAGUCCUAAUUUAGUCAUGGGUUAGUUUAGUUUUGGUUUUAUCCUGGCAUUGUCCUGGUUUAGUCCUGGUCUAGUAUUGAUCUAGUCCUGGUCUAAUCCUGGUGAGGUCCUUGUUAUGUCCCAGUUUAGUCCUUAUUUAGUUCUGGUUUAGUCCUGGCUUAAUCCUAGUUCAGUUCUGGUUUAGUCCUAGUUUAGAUCUGGUUUAGUUCUUGUUUUGUUCUGUUUUAGAUUUAGCUCAGUCCUGGCUUAGUCCUGGCGUGAUCCUGGUCUAGUCCUGGCAUAGUUCUGGUUUCGUUCUAUUUUAGUUCUGCUGUAGUCCUGGCUUAGUCUUGGUUCAGUAUUUUCUGACACAGUCUCCACAGUUGAGAAUUCCUGGUGUUUCCUCAGACCCUGCUCACGUCUCACUACCUUCUUACACUGUACAUAUGUAGAGUCGAAGUGCAUUUAAAGGUUUGGGGACAGAUCCAAUGUGGACGCCGCUCUCUCCUCGUGUGAACAGUUUCUUAUUUAUACAGAACUCAUUUUGUACACUUUUGUUAAGACUAGAGGAUUUUGAUAUUUGGUUGAUGUUUUUGCAGAGGCCACGAGGCUCUUUUGUCUUCCUGUGCCAGACUUUGCUAAAAUUUGUCUGUAACUUUUGUGUUUUUUUUAUUGAUUGAUGAGAUUUUCCUUUUUUCUUCUUUGGUUUUCUCUUUUUGAAUUUGAAUAUGUCAAUUUUCUUUUUUUAAUAAAAUUGUUUAAAUGACA